AUGGUCUUUAUUGGAAAAGGCUCUCUUUCUAACUCUCAAUUAAAAAAAAUAUUUCAAGUUCAAAAAAGCAAAAUUGUAGCAGUACUUGAAUGGCUUUUUAUAUACAAUAAAAUAUUUAAAGAGAAUUAUACAAUUGAUAAAAAUGCUUUAAAUACUUUGCCUAAAAGUGAUAUUCCUAAAACCUUACUUUUAACUACUAUUAUUAUAUAUGUUGAUUCUCAACAAACAGAUAAUUAUACAGGCUAUACCCAAGAUCCCUUUUUUAUUAAUGCUGAAUCAGAUAAUGAAAGUGAUGAAGAAAUAUCUAUUAAUAACAACUGUGAUCUAAAUAAAUUUAUUACUAAUAACACUAUUAAUAAUGCAAACAAACUAAGACCUUCUGAAAUAUUACAUAUUAAUGAUGUACUGGUUACAAGAAAAGAAUUAACUUUACUUUCUUUGCAAAAAUUAAUAGACAAAUCUAACCAACAAUCUAAAAAAAAUACUAAUCAAACAGCAACUGAAUCUGCACAAUCUCCUAUAAUAUAUAUACAGUACCUCACAGUAAUAUACCUCUCAAUGAAUAUCAAGAUCAAGAUCUUUUUCCAGCAGCUUUCCAGUUCUAUAUCUGUAUGGAGUUGGAGGUCAUGA